GGUGUAGUUAAAAAAAAAUUUCAACACUUUCUUUAAUAAAAGAAAUCCAAAUCAAAACAACCUUAAAUAAAGAAAAAUGAACCAAAUUCGAUCAUGUGGAUGUAAAGGAUGCCGCACGUGCCUUCUUUGCGAAAAAGAAUACAAUUUAAAUAAAAAAGGAUUUUUUGAACAAUUUCAAGAUUUAAAUCCAUAUAGUUUUUGUCCAAAAUGUAAUAAACUUUAUCCAGGCUGGAAUUGCUUUAAAAUUCUCGAAGAUCAUCCAAAUCAUUCAAAUGAUGGAAUAGAUUUUCCAGGAAUGCUUGUGCAAUUGAAUUUUUUAUCUGUAAACGAAGGAGAAGAAUUAACCAAAUCUCUGGAUGAGUUACCAUGGUGCGAUUCUCAAAGUGGCAGGAGGAAACAAAAUUUUGGUCCAAAAACAAAUUUUAAAAAACGUAAAUUACAAAAUGGAAAUUUUAAUGGAUUUCCAAUAUCAACAAAAUUUUGUCAAGAUAGAUUUAAAGAAAUAGAAUUAUUGAAAGAAUUUCAAACAAUUGAACAAUGUACUCUAGAAUAUAAUCCUGACAAAGGUGCCAGUAUUGAUCCACAUAUUGAUGAUUGCUGGGUAUGGGGAGAGCGUGUAGUUACUGUGAAUUGUUUAGGAGAUAGUGUGUUAACUUUAACAAAAUAUAAUGGUGAUAAUUCAAAAUAUAAUUUGAGAUUAGUUGAAAAUUAUCAAGAUCAAUUAAUAUGUAAUUUGGAUAAGGCAGAAAAGCUAGAUUUAUAUGAAAAUAUGGUUAUAAGAAUACCGAUGCCCAAUUUAUCCUUGAUUGUAAUGUAUGGACCACCAAGAUACCAAUUUGAACAUUGUGUGUUGCGUGAAGAUAUUAAUGAAAGACGUGUUUGUAUAGCAUACCGAGAAUUUACACCAAUGUACUUAGAAAAUGGAAUAGAUUCUGAUAAAGGAAUAACUAUAAUAAAUAAUGCAAAUGAAUUUUGGAAUCAAAUUGAUACUACAUAAAUUCUAGCAUUAUUAUUUAAAUUUACAUUUGUACAUAAUAUUAAAUAUUUAAUAAAUUAUUUAAGUAAAAAAAAUUGUCUAAAUUAAAUUAUUUCGUUACGAAAUUUUAUUGCCUUCUAUUUUUUUCCGAAGUUCUUCCAUAGCUUCUUCGUCCGACUUAGUUUUAUUUGGUUUUGGUGUAAGAAAAUUAAAACCAAUAUGUAAAGCUCCAAUUGCACCUCCAAUCAGCAGCAGGGCUCUUAACUUUGAACUUUGCAUUUUCAUAAAAAAUGUAUACAAGAAUUAGAAUUUACA